AUGCAGCAGCCUCUGAGCGAGGUCCGUCGACGGCGGCGACGGGUCUUGUCGUGCAUGGCCUGCCGCCGCCGCAAAAUCAAGUGCAACCGAGAACACCCGUGCCAGCAUUGCAAAGAGACGCAGCAGGCCUGCAACUACCAGGCGCCCCCAUCGCCCCAGCUGUGGCAAGCGUCAAAACCAGCUGAAGAGCCGCGUUCAAAUAACUGGCGCUCUGUCAUUUUCUCGUCCGGGAGUAAUACGCCAGAUUCCUUUGGCGACGGCCCUGUCCAUCACGAGACAACGCCGGUACCCCCUACAUUACUACAAAGCCCACCAGCAUCACAGCCCGGUCCGGCUGCGACAAACAGCUCGGAAAAGGCACCAGAGACUCGGAAACCCAGCUUCAUCUCGCAGCUUCCGCAGCGGGAUGAUCGCAUAUUUGCCCGGAAAUCUGCUGCUCAUGAUUCGCAGAUUGUCUUGGACAAGACUCGUAUACUGCGAUGGAGUCACUGGAUGGGAGCCGGUCAAGAGUUUGGGCCAAUCUUCACCUGCUACAUGGAAACUCUGGGCCCCCGGCAAGACUCUGAUCUACCUUUGGAUGCCAAGGCCGUGCUUGUCGACGCGGCUGAGAUGCUGCAAAAGUGCAAGCGGCUUGCGCGCUCUUCCAAGAUUUGGCGCCCGAGUCGACUGUUUGGCAUGCAAGGGUAUGACUUGAUACCUCCUAGCCGUGAAGUUGCUGAUGUUAUGGCGACGGAGUACUUUGCGUAUUUCGAGACCACCAUCAGGAUCUUGCACAUCCCUUCUUUUUGGAAAAUAUACGAUCAGUACUGGAAGAAUCAAGAAAGUGCCACUAUGGAGACACGCCUGCUGAUAUUAAUGGUCGUUGCCAUCGGAUCUAGCCUGCAGGAUCGCAGCCAAGCUUCCACGACUGUCCCAAGUAUUGCCCAGAUUCAUCAAUGGAUAUAUGCCGCACAGACGUGGCUGGCGGGACCUCUGGAAAAAGACCGCCUGGAGAUGGGGGGUCUGCAAUUAUACUGCCUGCUUGUUGUCGCGAGACAAAUUUACUCAGUAGGUGGUGACCUAGUGUGGAUGUCGCUUGGGUCGCUUCUGCAUCGUGCCAUGCAGCUUGGCCUGCACUAUGACCCAAAACAUUUUCAAAGCAUGUCAAUCUUUACAGGCGAGCUGCGGCGUAGACUGUGGUACACUAUUCUGGAGCUUCUCAUACAGGGGUCAUUGGACACCGCGAUGCCUCCAAGGAUCUCGCCAGACGAAUUUGACACUGAGCCCCCAUCCAACAUUGACGACUGCGACUUUGACCAAGACAUUCAAGUCCUGCAUCCGAAACCCGAGUCUGUAUAUACGGACACAACUUUACAACGCCAUCUCGCUCAUGCUUUACCCGUACGCAUCAAAAUCGUGCGGUAUCUAAAUGCCAUCAAAACAGACCUCUCCUAUCCGGAAGCAAUGAACCUGAGCACAACCCUCAGCACCGCGCAAAGAAAAGCAACACUGGCACUGCAAGCUUUUCCGGACAAGACAAGCCCCUUUCAGCGCAACAUGGUCGAUUUUCUCCUCCGCCGCUUCGUCGUGCCGCUGCACAGCCCCUUUGCCUGCGAGGCUCGGACGACGCCCGCGUUCCACUACUCCCUCAAGGCCUGCACCGAGGCCAGCCUCGCGCUCAUCAAUCCAGAGCCCGACGUGCGCUUCUCCCGUCUACUCGACUUUUCCGGUGGUCUGUUUCGUGAAGGGCUGCGGUCCGCCAACACCGCCAUCAGCCUGGACCUCAUCAUCCAGACCAAGACGCAGCAGGCGGACGGCACGCUCCAUCGCACGCGGACUGUACGCGAUGCGCUGAAAAGGUCCGUGGUUGAUAUGCUCGAGAUAUGUGAGAGGCGCAUCGGCAACGGCGAGACCAAUGUGAAGAGCUACGUUUUUCUGGCGAUGGUCCUGGCAAUGACAGAGGCCAUGGAAAAUGGAGAUCCAUGCGAAAUGAAGAUUGCACAAAGUGCAAGAGAUGCGCUGACACAUUGUUAUGGUAUUCUGGAGAAUAGUCUCGGUUCGUUUGUGACUAAUACGCCGACGGAAGCUGGAUUUCCGUCUGGCGGGUUUGAGGCGGGGUUUCUGGGUAUGGAUAUUGGCAUGGAUUGCUUCUUUUCGGACACUGGGUUCUCAUAA